CGCAGCCGCAGUUCCCGGUCGUCUGUAGGUUCGCGGAGUGUCGAAGCGGCUCGGGAAGUAAUGGCCACCUGGGCCGAGAGGCUGGCGGGCAUCCGCGGGGUGCUGCUCGACAUCUCGGGCGUGCUGUACGACAGCGGCGCGGGCGGUGGCACGCCGAUCCCCGGCUCGGUGCAGGCGGUGGCGCGGCUGAAGCGGUCGAGGCUGAAGGUGGGGUUCUGUACCAAUGAGUCACAGAAGUCUCGGGGGGCACUGGUGCGGGAGCUGCAGGCACUGGGCUUCGACAUCUCUGAGAACGAGGUGACCGCACCAGCACCUGCCGCCUGCCGCCUGCUGAGGGAGCGAGGCCUGCGCCCACACCUACUGGUGCACCCAGGCGUCCUCUCUGAAUUUGAACACAUCGACACAUCUAACCCCAACUGCGUGUUGAUGGCGGACGCAGUGGAAGGCUUCUCCUACCAGAACAUGAACCGAGCCUUCCGGGUACUCAUGGGGCUGGAACGGCCUGUGCUCAUCUCACUGGGGAGAGGGCGCUACUACAAGGAGACCUCCGGCCUGAUGCUGGACGUGGGCGCCUACACGAAGGCGCUCGAGUAUGCCUGCGGACUCAAGGCGGAAGUGGUCGGCAAGCCAGAGCCUGAAUUCUUCAAGUUGGCGCUGCAGGAGUUGGGGUUGGAAGCCCACCAGGCGCUGAUGGUGGGAGACGACCUCGUGGGCGACGUGGGCGGUGCCCAGCGCUGCGGCCUCCGCGCCCUGCAGGUGCGCACCGGCAAGUUCAGGCCCAGUGACGAGCAGCACCCAGAGGUGCGAGCAGACGGCUACGUGGACAACCUGGCAGAAGCUGUGGGCCUGCUGCUCCAGCACGGGGACCAGUGACCUGGGCCCGACAUGCUGACCCAGGCCGGGGGAUACCACCCUUCAGGCGGGGGGACACCACUCACCUGGGCCAUCCAGGCAGGGGGACACUGCUCACUUGAGCCAGGGGACAUCGCUCACCUGGGCUGGGGGACACUGCUAUCCAGGCAGUGGGGGGACACCGUUCACCCAGGCUGGGGGGCACCAUUGUCCUGACCCCCCACCUUCCCCCAUGUCUGGAGUAAGGAGGGUCUAUGCAGCCUGCCCCCCACUGCCGGGACCUCUGCUCCCCCACCCCCACUGGGCAGUCUGGCUCAGAUCCUGAGGGACAUUCUGCAACCCUCACCUCUGAGUUUGGAUGUGUCCCCCAUAAGCAGGGACCACAAAUAAAGCUCUGGGUACCCGA